UAGAGCAUAUUAUAAUACAUAUAAUUUUAAAGUAAUAUAAAACAUAUAUAAACAUGCAAAAUUAUAUUUGACAAAAUUAUCAGAAAUAAAAAAAUUAUCGACUUGGAUAUCUUUACUCCUAACACUUCAUUCGAAGACAUUGCCACGAUGAAUGUAAAAAUGUACACAGUAAUUCAAUUGAUCGAUUCAGCUUACUAGCAAUUGAAUCAAAUACCUUCGUUCGAAAAUAAUUUUUCCAUCGAAGCAUUUUAGUGAAAAAUCACGAGUAUAUUAUUUAUUAGUGUCGAGUUUCAUUUCCACCUAUGUCAGAUUGAUGACAAAUCGAAUUUUUCCAAGAGUUUAUCGACUCAACGAAGGUGACACGUCGUUCCUUCGAUUCUCUUUACUAUUUAUAGUAACGACCGCACAAAUGUUAUUUACAAUAUCGUUGUCAAUUCUACUGUCGCAAUAGUUGGAAACAUCAGUGAAAGGAUUCUUUUUCCUCCUUUUUCGUCGAUCAGAACCGAACGCAUUCGCCUCCCAGUGCUCGUCGCGGAAUUGCGUAACUUUCAUUCAACAUCCUGUAGGAAGAAAUUUCAGAUUCAAGAAGCGAUUGAUUUUCUUGGAGAUAGCGGAAAACGUCCCGUCGAUGACGACAACGAAAUUUAUUUUACGGUCGUAAACAAUAUGUCUGUCUUUGCACUUUGCAUUCGAGCAUAAAUCGGAAGCAACAUUUUUCUACGUGUGAUCACGUUUCGAUAUUUGAUCCUUGAUAUUUAGUUAGGAUCCACCGAGCACAACGGUAACGAGACCACGUAGAAACUGCUACACGCCGAUACAAGAGACGAUACGAAAGAUCCGAGACUCGACGAAGAUCGAAUAAGAUGGUUGUCGAGGAAGAUGAAGAAGCAAAGGACACGGUCUACCUACAAUUUUCCAGUUGCUGAAAUUUCGUCGUAAAAGGCGAGCGGCAAUGCUCGGAAGUUUUUCUUCGCUGCAACUCGUUUUGCUCUAUCACCCCUGUGGCCCUUAAAUGGCCGAGCGAAAAGGCAGCGAGCAGCUCAGCGAAGCUAACGAGCCCAGUUUCUCGUCUCCCCCGGCGGAAAAACGAACGAUUUUCGGGUACAGCCUGUACGACGAUGGCACGAAAGGCCCACUCUGGAUCAGCUUGCAGAACCAUAGGCAGGGUCCCAUAUCGAUAAACGUCAAGUACAUCGAAAUAAGAGCGGAAUAAAGGGCGUAUGUGAGCCUGGUGUGAGAUGGGAGUGAGUAGCCGGUCUCACGAGGUGCUCGUUGGACUGGAGGCGCACCACCUUGCUGCCAGAAAACCCGAUGGCACCUUAAGAAGAGAAGUCAAGGGCAAGAAGCGUCCCUUCGUUGCCCAGUCUGGCCCAGCUUGGGCCCUACUUGGACCCCACUCCCGGCCGUCGCGUCUCCACCCCCUCCCCCACCGCCUCACUUCGUGUAUAUAUCUCUUGGUUGUAGAAUCUCCCUGCCCCUCCAGCCCCCUUCACCUUUCUGGAUCUCCCUCCCUUCCCCUCCAUACCUUCUAUCAUCCUUCCGUUCCGCUCCCUCCACCUUUCCAGCCCUUCUUCUUCGGGCUUCUCCCGACGUUCCACACACCUGAACGACCGAGAGUGUCGGAGAGCCGUCGGCUCUCUCGGUGCUUUCUUGAAAUUCGUCUCUCUACCAGCAGUAGCAGCACCAGCAGCACCAGCAGCAACACACCGGGUUGUGUGUUAUACACUUACGACAGAGUGUACGACAGAGAGACCAACUUCUCCUCCCCCUUUCGUCUCAACACGAAUCCAUAUGUAUGGGGUUGAGAGGCGCACCAGGCGACGCAAAUGUGCUGACUACAUUACGCCGCUAUAUAAGAUAGCCGGCCAACCAUCCUAUCCCCACAGACCGAGCCAGAUCGGCAGACCGUUCACAGACGGACCAACGAACCGAUCUACCGAUACUUCAGACACGACACAUCUUUUUCGUUAACACGGACCACUUCGCGAACUCAGCCGAUCACAGGGUUAGAUCAGCCAGUUUUCGUCGAGGAAACCUAUUCACUGGUAUUAUUCGAUACGUUCGAUUUCACCGGGGGAGGUGAUCGGAUUUUUACACAUUUUACAAUUUAUACUGAGGAUACGUCUUAGCUUGACGAUAUUUCAGCAUUUUCAAUAAUACACGAUCGUUGAAAGAGUUUCGUUCGGUACCGCGGCAACAACACACGUGCCACAAAGUUUCCAAGCUUUGAAAAGUCGAAAAGGCUCAGAGAAUUUCCUUUUGAAGAGAUCCUUCUCGCGAUCCAGAUACCCUAGGUCGGGGUACCGCGGUCCUUUACACGAGACACAACACGAAAACAUCGGUGACGAUCGUCAGUGAGUGCAUCGACGAAGAGAAACAAGGUCGAAGAUGAUCCCUUUGACAGCCACCACGUGCUUCCUAAUCGCUGUCACCUGCCUGGCACUCAUCCUGAUCCUACUGGAUCAUCUAAGGUCUAAGAAAACGACGAAGAAUGUCAUCUUGGACGAUCACGUCCUGCCGGAACCACCUGGACCCAAACCAUGGCCGAUUCUGGGCUCCCUUCACAUCCUGGGACGCUACGACGUACCCUACAAAGCUUUCGCUGAUCUUGUUAGGGACUACGACUGUCAGGUGAUCAAGCUCAGGAUGGGAUCCGUGCCCUGCGUGGUCGUCAAUGGUUUGGAGAACAUCAGAGAAGUGCUGACCAUCAAGGGACACCACUUCGAUUCCAGGCCAAACUUCACCAGAUACCAUCUGCUCUUCGGUGGAAACAAGGAGAACUCUCUGGCAUUUUGCAACUGGUCCGAGGUGCAGAAGACCCGAAGAGAGAUGCUCCGCGCGCACACGUUCCCGCGCGCAUUCUCCACACGCUAUAACGAGCUAAACGGGAUAAUUGGCGAUGAACUAAACCUUCUGAUCAACCAUCUGGACUCCCUCUCCAACACAAACGUGCACGUGAAACCAUUGAUCCUUCAUUCCUGCGCGAAUAUCUUCAUCACUUACCUCUGUUCGAAGAACUUCCACCUAGGACACGAUGGUUUCCGGUACAUGGUCGAGAAUUUCGACAAGGUGUUCUUCGAAGUGAAUCAGGGUUACGCAGCCGAUUUUCUACCCUUCCUUAUGCCUCUUCAUCACAGAAACAUGGCAAGAAUGGCGCACUGGAGCCACGAAAUCAGGAAAUUCGUCAUCAAGAACAUCAUUUCUGAUAGAGUGAACGCCUGGAAUGGCAUCGUUCCUGAAAAAGAUUAUUUAGACUGUCUGAUCAAUCACGUCAAGAGUGGAACAGAACCCCAGAUGUCCUGGAAUACAGCGUUGUUCGUCAUGGAAGAUAUAAUUGGUGGACACACUGCCAUUGGAAAUCUCCUCGUCAAGAUUUUAGGAUUCCUCGCUACAAGACCAGAUGUUCAAAAGCUAGCUCAAAAGGAGAUUGAUUCUCUUGGUAUCGCUGGAAUCUUCGUUGGGCUGGAGAACAGAAGAUCCUUGCCUUAUGUCGAAGCUAUCAUCUUGGAGACUAUUAGGAUAAUCGCUAGCCCUAUUGUUCCUCACGUGGCUAAUCAGGACAGCUCUAUUGCUGGCUACAGAAUCAAGAAGGACACCUUCAUUUUCCUCAACAACUACGAUCUAAACAUGUCCACCGAUCUGUGGACCGCGCCAGAAGAAUUCAUGCCCGACAGAUUCGUCCAGAAUGGAAGGUUAUUGAAGCCAGAACACUUCCUGCCAUUUGGUGGAGGUCGACGAUCUUGCAUGGGCUACAAACUGGUGCAGUAUCUGAGCUUCGCCGUUCUAGCUACGUUGCUGAAGAACUUCACGAUAACACCCGUGAAGAACGAGAAUUACACGAUUCCCAUCGGAAACCUCGCCCUGCCUGAGAUGACCUUCAAAUUUCGAUUUGAACGACGGUAGGGCCUCGAAGAAGGCGCGAACGUUAGCCUUGGAGGAAAGGGCUAACACGAAGACUUCGGUUGCUUCGGCGAAGCUUCAACGAGAAAGACUUCAACGAUAGGGCAACCAUAAUGGAUCGUUGGUCGACGAUCAAGAAGGAGCUUCAGGGAAAUUUGGGAGGGAUCAGCUGAAGAGAGGCUUCUGAUUUGUUUUUUUUUCUUUUAGACAAAGCUUUAUAAGAAGGUCGGAUACUGUUUGACCUUCGUCAGCAACGAGAGCUUUACUGACAUUACUAGAUGGUUAAGGUAGCAAAUUUUUGUUGAUCGUCCAUCAACGGGGAAUAAUCCCACUUCCCUCUGAAACGGUUCGAAGACGAUCAGCCGCGAUAUCAGGAGAGAAAACUUGGACUGAAAAAGAAGAGGACUGACCCCACGGGAUGCUACGGGAAGAACAGUUGUCGUUUUAACGAACAGCUUAGGUAAACCGAGCCUUACCGGUCAUCUUCUUGUUUCUUUCUUAUAGAAUCGUGCCUUCCUUGUAAUUUUAGAACCAUGCUUACUUUAGGCAACUUUUGGUCAAUUAAUUGAGACGAUUGAGUUCGUGUUGGUUAAGUAAAAGAUUUACACCACAGCUUGAUCGUUGUUCGAUACUUUAUCGUUGAACGUAGCUGAUGCUGAUCAAAUUACGAUUAUCUGUCUGUUGAUCUUUUAAUAUUUACAAGAUACUGAACUGAUAAUAUUAGUAGAAUUUUACAUGUCACGAGCUACAGCUCGCUGUUAUAUUAAUAAACAAAUUGGUAUAACAGUAACAAGUUUAUUUUACAAGUAAAUUAUCUGGUUUGUUUAUUUGUUAAAAAAAUUAUACUAGAAAAAUCUACGAUCUACAUCUUGUAACUGUUAAUUCAAUAAUAUUAUUAGUUAGCAAAUUAUCGUACAAGAGGGUCCAGUCGCCGAAUAUUCAAGUUGCAGUUGAACGAUGGAAAACGUUUUACUCGAUUGAUAUUACAUUUACAGAGUUGAUUGACCAAAUUGAUUGACCAAAUGUUACGUGAUGUAAACGAGGCUUAAGAACGUAGUAUCUUCAUCUUGAAAGAUUUCAAGAAGGGAUUAAAUUCUGCUAUAAAAAGACGAAGAUUUACGUUCAAUUAUUACGUUAUCGGAUGAUGGUCCGUAGUAAAUCCUAAAUAUAUCUUCCUGGAAAUCGAUCUAUUGAUCAAUCUAUUCACUUUAUCAUUUCCUUCUUCUUCUUUUAUCUUAUUCUUUUCGAUUACUUCUUUGAUGUUAAUAUAUAAAACGUUACAUAAAAGGAUUAACAUCAACAUACAUAAAAUUACGUUGUAUAAAAUAUUAACAUCAAGGAUAAUAUUAACUUGAAUUUUUAAUAUCGAUCGAUUUCAUGGGAAUACGAUGAAUCGACGGGUGAUCCACGAAGAUCCACGAAGAUCCACGGAUCAAAAAUGGCCGAGACUGAUUCUUUUGUUUAAUCGAACGAUCACGUACAAACCAUCGUCUGAUAACUGUUUGUUCGAAAGACGAGACGCGAGAACGUGAGCGGUAAGCACGGAGAAGACGAGACGAUUUUAUUUCACGUUAAUCGUUUCGAUCGCGUGAAAUCAGAACGAAAACAUCUCGCGCACCUCCAAGAGGGUGUGAAUUCAUCGCGCGAGCUUAUCGAUCAUCCAUCGUUUGCGGUAUUCCGAAUACUCGACCGAUAAUAUGCAUCAACAUUGAUCCAAUAUUGAUUCUUUUCUGAAUAACCACGCGCAUUUGGAAUUAGGAGUAACGAACAUUUAGGCUCACGAAAUUAUUUGAACAUUUAUCGUAGAAAACCGUUAUGCGUAUGUUAUGUAAAACAUUUUGAAAUUUUAUCAACACUUGUAUCAAUAUUUUGAAAAUUCGUCGGCCCCUUAAUAAGUCACGACUGUCCUGAUUCUAUUGGUUUAAUUCGAAACUCAUCUGAAAAUCAAGAAGCUACAAGAACACUGUGUUAUGGAAAAUAGCAAUGGAUUGAUCUACCAAUUAUCUAGCAUGCGCUAAGUAUCUUCUAGCUUCUACGUAAAUUUUCAGAGUUGUUCCAAACUUUAUCAGUAUAAUUACUAGAGUCGAGCCUCAUAACGAUAUUAAUGAAAUUUCAAAAUAUUCUACAUAACACAAAUAAUAUAUUAGGAGGUUUCUAUGAAUAUUUUCAUGAGCUACUUUCAUCCAAAAGUGUUACAACUAAAAGUAAUUCGAUCUUCUGUUAGAUGAAUAUGAAAACAGUCAAAUUUUAAGAGCUAAGAAUAGAAAAUUAUAAAAAUAGUAUUCAGCCAUUGUUUCCUACAGUCUAUUCUUUUUCUCAACGUUAUUUGAGUUGUGUCACUUUUGAAACGUGCGAAAUGUUCGAGAACACCUUUAAUCGUCGAGGAAUUGAUAGUCGGUUGGUUCAGAACCGUGGUGAGUUCAGCUUAUUUCCGUCUAGUUUUAGCAUUAUCUUUUGGUAUUUCAUAGAUUUGAUAUUUCAGAGCGAAGACCAAAGUAUAUAGAGUGAAAUUAUUGAUAUAAUAUUAAGCUAUGUGAUAGCUGUAACUAGUCACGGUUCUAGUCUCCUGUUUCUUCCAAACAAUCGUAGCUUAUCAAGGACUAAGCGACGAAAUUUCUCCAAUGUUGGACCAAUGUUCGUGCGGGAUAGCAUAAAAUCGGUUCUACAUAUUUCUUUCCUUUUUUUCUUUAUGACCGAAGAAAAUAUUAACGAGAACAUCGCACCGAAGCGUACAACACGUUUAAAGUUUGUUAAUUCUCGUUUCUUGACGCGAUCCUCGACGCACGUUCCUUUCUUCUCAUCUUUGAUAUUUCUCUUUUUCUUUCGCUCCAUGUUUCCCUUAGCGCAAAUCUGACCAAUUAUUUGCACCUUACCAAUUCAUCUUUGUUUCGAAAAAAAAGAAAAAAGAUUCAAUGAAAAAAAAUAUAUACUUAUCUUUUUAACUAAAAAUAUAUAUAUUUUUAUGGUGCAAAAGUGGUCGCUCGUAAAGGGUGGGAAAAUGGUACAGAACGGACGAGUCCCGAGUAAGACGAGAGAAAUCGAUUUCUCUUCUUUUCUUUCUUCUUUUUUACUGUAAUUAUCAAUUAUUACACGACUGAAUGAUUUUUCUCAAAGAGAAAAAUCGAUUUGCCCGCGGGAGCUACGCUCACGUAUAAUAAUUUAUUUUUGCGCUAUUAAGCAUUGAUUCUUCUUCUUCUUAUUAUUAUUAUGUUAUUAUAUUAUAUUACAUUAUAUUAUUAUUAUAUUAUUUCUGCUUGCUACUAUUAUCAUCACUAUUAUCAGCAGUUAGAGUUUUCAUCCCCCUUUUUAUCAUCACAUUUCUCCACCACCCCGUAUCUCGUACUUCCACGUCCGUACGUUAUUUUGUGUUUGUUAUUUAAUUAUCGCGAUUGUUACGACAUUUGUUAAUUUAUUAUUUAAGAUUUUAAUAAUAAAAGCGACAAAUAAGACUUCGUUUUUAUAUUUUUGUCUCCCGUUAAACGAGCCUUCCUUUCAGUAACCUUUUUCUACCUUUCUUGCGAACGAAGAACACAUCGUGUUAAAAAUUUUACCAGAUUUUACGAAAUUUUUACCAAAACACUUACGUUAACUGAGGAACGAGCAGUCAAGUGAAUACUAACAACCAUGUUACUUGACUCUGACGUCUCUUAUCAUUCGCAUAAUCGCUAUCAGGUAAAACUUAUUGUCACAAUUCCGCCCUAUAUCCAUUUGGAUACGAAUGUGCAGAUAACAGAAUGAUAACUCUUAGAUCGAAACACUUUGCGGCGCCAUUAAAUGGAGAAGGAAAAG